AAACAAAUUAGGAGCUUCCCUUUUCUUCUCUCCUUUUGAGCUGUUUAGUGAUAGAAAAUGAACUUUGCAUUCACUGCUUCUAGUUUGCGGUUGACUAGUUUCUGCAUGAAUCAAAUAAAGAAGCUUGGUGGAAUAUUAGGCCAUUGAAAUUAAUUAUCAAUUAAUUAAUUAGUUAAGUAUAGUGCUUAAGAAAAGUGCGUGAUUCAAUAGAGAAUUAAAUCAGUUAAUGCAAACCUUCGCCAACUAGUAUAAAAAGCCUUGGCCUUUAUUUUCUUUUCUUGCUCAGAGUGCAGAAAGUUAGGCUCAAAAUGAGUUGGUUUUUGACAAUAUUGUUUACCAUUCUCACAAUUAGCCAUCUUUCAGAGGCUAAACACGAGACGAAGCUUCCAUCUGCAGUUGUUGUUGGCAGAGUCUACUGUGAUACAUGUUUCCAAGCGGACUUUGACAAAACCAGCCACUUCAUUUCAGGUGCAACUGUGGCAGUGGAAUGCAAAUAUGGGAGAAGCGAAAAGCCGGUCUUCAUGGAAGAGGCGAAAACCGACAAGCGCGGAGAGUUCAAAGUGCAUUUGCCAUUCAAGGUGAGCAAACAUGUCAAGAAGAUAGAAGAGUGUUCUGUGAAGCUGAUAAGCAGCAGUGAGCCAUAUUGUGCUGUGGCCUCAACAGCCACUUCAUCUUCACUCCAUCUCAAGUCAAGAAAGCAAGGGACACACAUUUUCUCGGCCGGGUUUUUCACCUUCAAGCCCCUAAAGCAACCAACACUUUGCAACCAAAAGCCAAGCAUUCAAAACUCCAAUAAGGAUUCACAAACUCCCAACAAAGCCAUUCUAAACUCAAACAAUCCUUACUUGGAAUUUCCACCACCACUUCAAGACCCCAAUAGCCCUGGUGAUCUCCCUCCUCUUCCUGGCCUCCCUAAUCUCCCUCCAUUGCCAAAUCUCCCUCCUCUCCUUCCUAUGCCAAAUCUCCCUCCUCUACCGAGACCCGCAAAAUCUUCAUCAACUUCUUCUCAUGACCAACAAUUUGGCAAAACUUCACCAACAUUUUCUCAUGACCAAGAACUCAAUGAAGAAGGACUAACUACACAAGAUUUCUUUUUCCCUCCAAAUCCAAUAUUCCAACCACCCCCACUCAUCCCCAACCCCUUUCAGCCACCCCCACUCAUCCCCAACCCCUUUCAGCCACCCCCACCACUUAUUCCCAACCCUUUUCAGCCCCCACCAGCACCACUCAUUCCCAACCCAUUUCAGCCCCCGCCGGCACCAGCACCACUUAUCCCCAACCCAUUUCAGCCGCCACCGGCGCCAUCUCCAUUGUUUCCAUUCCCGCCUAUUCCAGGCUUGACUCCAUCGUCGCCGCCGCCGCCGCCGCCAGCUUUCCCAUUCCCUUUCCCUCCAAUUUUCCCAUUCCCGCCACCUCGCGGCCCCGGGGCGCCACCUUCUUGAUCAAAAUUCAAACAUGAAGAUAUGUAAAUAAAUGUAUGAUCAUUACCAGAUGAUGAUAAUAAUGCUUUUUGGUUUUGUUGAUGUAGAUUUUUAGUAUGGUUGUGCGUGUAAUUGUCAGAAGAACUAUAGAGUUUGGGAAACAAGUUUGUCUUGCACAUGAGAUAGGCUAUAAUAAAAUCAAUUAUUGGACUUGGAGUGUAAAUCUAGGUGCGAAUCUUUUCACGUUGAGAGGGAUGUGUACUUACUGUACUGAUGAUUAUAUCUUUUUCCUAUCAAUAAAGACUAAAGUUUGAUCA